UGAAACCUGCCGAAAUCCCUGCCACUCUCACUGGUGUUGCUGCCAUGUCGCGCCUUGCGCCAUUGGUCAAAGUCGGUUUGUUGACGUUGCUCCUGCGCCUCGGACUGCGGACCGCCCUGAUUUCAGAUUCAUGGAGAUCCGCGAUGCCCCAGCCGGCGACGGUCCGCAACGCGGUGGACGUGGUCCUGCUGCAAUUGACGGCUUUACAACAGAACAAUCCGGAAACCAACGAUGGCAUCGCCAAAACCUUCGAAUUUGCCUCCAGAGGAAACAAGGCUGUGACCGGGCCAUUGCCCCGAUUUGCCCAUAUGAUUCAUGCUGGCUAUCCUGAGCUCUUGAACUCGCAAAGCUUCACUGUGCUUUCUGCGCUGCAGGUAGGCGAAGCGGAGUAUGUCGUGCGAGUUGAAAUACGUACAAAUCAGUGGACCGGCAAUCGGCAGAGCGUCUUUCUUUGGCAGCUAUCUGAUUCUGGAGAUGGCGCUGGAUGGAUGACGGAUGCAGUGAUGCCAGAUGAGCCAAAUGAAGCAGCUGAGCGCUGAGAUAGUUGAGACAAACGCAGUGCCGUUACGAGAUGAACAUAAAUAUUUUGCGCUGGAUUGAG